CUGAGCUGAGCGGGGCGGACGGCGGCGGCGGGGCCCGAGCCCGAGAAGAUGGCGGUGCGGAAGAAGGACGGCGGCCCCAACGUGAAGUACUACGAGGCCGCGGACACCGUGACCCAGUUCGACAACGUGCGGCUCUGGCUCGGCAAGAACUACAAGAAGUAUAUACAAGCUGAACCACCCACCAACAAGUCCCUGUCUAGCCUGGUUGUACAGUUACUACAAUUUCAGGAAGAAGUUUUUGGCAAACAUGUCAGCAAUGCACCACUCACUAAACUGCCGAUCAAAUGUUUCCUAGAUUUCAAAGCAGGAGGUUCCCUGUGCCACAUACUUGCAGCUGCCUACAAAUUCAAGAGUGACCAGGGAUGGCGGCGUUAUGAUUUCCAGAAUCCAUCACGUAUGGACCGCAACGUGGAAAUGUUCAUGACCAUUGAGAAGUCCCUGGUGCAGAAUAACUGCCUAUCUCGACCUAACAUUUUUCUGUGUCCAGAAAUUGAACCCAAACUGCUAGGGAAAUUAAAGGAUAUUAUCAAGAGACACCAGGGAACAGUCACUGAGGAUAAGAACAAUGCCUCUCAUGUUGUGUAUCCUGUCCCAGGGAACCUAGAAGAAGAGGAAUGGGUACGACCUGUCAUGAAGAGGGAUAAGCAGGUUCUUCUGCAUUGGGGCUACUAUCCUGACAGUUAUGAUACGUGGAUCCCAGCUAGUGAAAUUGAAGCCUCCGUGGAGGAUGCUCCGACUCCUGAGAAACCCAGGAAGGUUCAUGCAAAGUGGAUUCUGGACACAGACACCUUCAAUGAGUGGAUGAAUGAAGAGGACUAUGAAGUAAAUGAUGACAAAAAUCCUGUCUCCCGCCGAAAGAAGAUUUCAGCCAAGACACUGACAGAUGAGGUAAAUAGCCCAGAUUCAGAUCGACGGGACAAGAAAGGAGGGAACUAUAAGAAGAGGAAGCGCUCUCCCUCUCCCUCACCCACCCCAGAAGCUAAGAAGAAAAAUGCUAAGAAAGGCCCCUCAACACCUUACACCAAGUCAAAGCGUGGCCACAGAGAGGAGGAGCAAGAAGAUCUGACAAAGGACAUGGAUGAGCCCUCACCUGUUCCCAAUGUGGAAGAGGUGACAUUGCCCAAAACAGUCAACACUAAGAAGGACUCGGAGGCAGCCCCAGUCAAAGGAGGCACCAUGACAGACCUGGAUGAACAGGAGGAUGAAAGCAUGGAGACUACAGGCAAGGAUGAGGAUGAAAACAGUACUGGGAACAAAGGGGAGCAAACCAAGAAUCCAGACCUGCAUGAGGACAACGUGACUGAACAGACCCACCACAUCAUCAUCCCGAGCUACGCUGCCUGGUUUGACUACAAUAGUGUUCAUGCCAUUGAGCGGAGGGCUCUCCCUGAGUUCUUUAACGGCAAGAACAAAUCCAAGACUCCAGAAAUCUACCUGGCCUAUCGAAAUUUCAUGAUUGACACUUACCGGCUGAACCCCCAAGAGUAUCUCACCUCCACUGCGUGCCGCAGGAACCUGGCGGGUGAUGUCUGUGCCAUCAUGAGGGUUCAUGCCUUCCUAGAACAGUGGGGUCUUAUUAACUACCAGGUGGAUGCUGAAAGCCGACCAACUCCAAUGGGGCCUCCGCCCACCUCUCACUUCCAUGUCUUGGCAGACACACCAUCAGGGCUGGUACCUCUGCAGCCCAAGACCCCACAGCAGACCUCUGCUUCCCAACAAAUGCUCAACUUUCCUGACAAAGGCAAAGAGAAACCAACAGACAUGCAGAACUUUGGGCUGCGCACUGAUAUGUACACCAAGAAGAAUGUUCCCUCUAAGAGCAAAGCUGCAGCUAGCGCUACUCGCGAGUGGACAGAACAGGAAACCCUGCUACUCUUGGAGGCACUGGAAAUGUACAAAGAUGACUGGAACAAAGUGUCAGAGCAUGUGGGAAGCCGCACCCAGGACGAGUGCAUCUUGCAUUUCCUUCGUCUUCCCAUUGAAGAUCCGUACCUGGAGGACUCAGAGGCCUCCCUGGGCCCCCUGGCAUACCAGCCUAUCCCCUUCAGUCAGUCAGGCAACCCUGUCAUGAGCACUGUGGCCUUCCUAGCUUCUGUUGUCGAUCCCCGAGUCGCCUCUGCUGCUGCAAAGUCAGCCCUAGAGGAGUUCUCCAAGAUGAAGGAAGAGGUGCCCACUGCCCUGGUGGAAGCCCAUGUUCGCAAAGUGGAAGAAGCAGCCAAAGUGACAGGCAAGGCAGACCCAGCCUUCGGUCUGGAAAGCAGUGGCAUUGCAGGAACCACCUCAGAUGAGCCUGAGCGGAUUGAGGAGAGCGGGACUGAAGAAGCACGGGUGGAGGGCCAGGCUACAGAUGAGAAGAAGGAGCCCAAGGAGGCCCGAGAAGGAGGAGUGGCUACAGAGGAAGAUACAAAGGACAAAACCAGCGAGGCUCCCAAGAAGGAUGAAGAAAAAGGGAAAGAAGGAGAUAGUGAGAAGGAGUCAGAGAAGAGUGAUGGGGACCCAGUAGUGGAUCCCGACAAGGAGAAGGAGCCAAAGGAAGGGCAGGAAGAAGUACUUAAGGAAGUGGUUGAGUCGGAAGGUGACAGGAAGACAAAGGUGGAGCGGGACAUUGGUGAGGGCAACCUGUCUACUGCAGCGGCUGCUGCCCUGGCUGCUGCUGCCGUCAAGGCCAAGCACUUGGCUGCCGUGGAGGAGAGAAAGAUCAAAUCGCUGGUGGCCCUGCUUGUGGAGACCCAGAUGAAAAAGUUGGAGAUCAAACUCCGGCACUUUGAGGAGCUAGAGACGAUCAUGGACCGGGAGCGGGAAGCACUGGAGUAUCAGAGGCAGCAGCUCCUGGCCGACAGACAGGCCUUCCACAUGGAGCAACUGAAGUAUGCAGAGAUGAGAGCUCGACAGCAGCACUUCCAGCAAAUGCAUCAGCAGCAGCAGCAGCCACCUCCAACCCUGCCCCCAGGCUCCCAACCUAUUGCACCCACAGGGGCCGCUGGGCCACCCUCCGUCCAUGGCUUGGCUGUGGCUCCGGCCUCUGUGGCCCCUGCUCCUGCUGGCAGUGGGGCCCCUCCUGGAAGCUUGGGCCCCUCUGAACAGAUUGGGCAGGCAGGGCCAACUGCAGGGCCACAGCAGCAGCAACCAGCUGGAGCCCCCCAGCCUGGGGCAGUCCCACCAGGGGUACCCCCCCCUGGACCCCAUGGCCCCUCGCCGUUCCCCAACCAACAAACUCCUCCCUCAAUGAUGCCAGGGGCAGUGCCAGGCAGCGCGCACCCAGGCGUGGCGGGUAAUGCUCCUUUGGGUUUGCCUUUUGGCAUGCCGCCUCCUCCUCCUCCUCCUGCUCCAUCCAUCAUCCCAUUUGGUAGUCUAGCUGACUCCAUCAGUAUUAACCUUCCCCCUCCUCCUAACCUGCAUGGGCAUCACCACCAUCUCCCGUUUGGCCCGGGCACUCUCCCCCCACCUAACCUGCCUGUGUCCAUGGCGAACCCUCUACAUCCUAACCUGCCGGCGACCACCACCAUGCCAUCCUCCUUGCCUCUCGGGCCGGGGCUCGGAUCCGCCGCAGCCCAGAGCCCUGCCAUUGUGGCAGCUGUUCAGGGCAACCUCCUGCCCAGUGCCAGCCCACUGCCAGACCCAGGCACCCCGCUGCCUCCAGAUCCCACAGUCCCGAGCCCAGGCACAGUCACCCCUGUGCCACCUCCACAGUGAGGAGCCAGCCAGACAUCUUUCCCACUUCCCCCAUGGAGAUUAAGGUUCCAGCAACAGCCCUGCCCCCACUACUGGGACCCCUCCCCAGCCUGGAGAGUUCAUCACUACGUAAGGAAAAAGCGCCUCCUGCCCCUCCAAAGCCCCCACCAUGCUGUUUGUGCCUCACAGGCAUGUUUUUAUAUCAGAUUAUUCAAGGACUUCUGUUGAAAAGCUGUUUGUAAAUGUCUGGGAGAGAGAACAGGAUGGGAAUGAGGCCCUUGAAGGGCUAGGGGAAGGUAUUUAUACACAGUAAUUAACCACACCUAAGGGUACACUCCCCCCCCAAAAAAAAACCUACAUUUUUUUAUGG